AGGAGAAACAAACAUCCAAACUUUUAAAAUACAGUCAGAGAUUUACUGAAGCCAUUCUGUUGGUGUUUACGUCCAAAUGCAUGAACUGAGGUUAAGAUCAAAAUAUGAACUUGUCAUCUACCAACACGACUGUGGCAGUUCUGAAUCGAGAAACUUUCUCUAAAGCUUUAACAAAGAAUGUGAUUGUCGUGGUUCUCGGGAUUUCAAUAAACUACAUCAAUGUGGGCCUCUUUCACACCUACCUCAAAUACCAGAUCUUCUACAUGAAUCCCCGCUACAUCCUUUUCAUUCACCUGGUGGUCAACGACAUGACCCAAGUGAUGCUGACCAUCAUCCUGUUCAUCAUCAGCUACACCAUCUACAAACUCCACGUCUCCAUUUGUUGCAUUUUAGUUCUCCUGGCUCUGUUCACCACUGAAAACACUCCUCUGAAUCUGGCGUGCAUGGCGGUGGAGUGCUACAUCGCCAUCUGCUUCCCCCUUCGUCAUGUGCAGAUCUGCACAAUCAAGAGAACUAGGAUGGUGAUUGGUUUAAUCUGGGCGACCAGCAUGUUGUCAGUUCUCCCUGAUCUCUUCAUCACCUUGGCCACAGAGCCUCUGGACUUCUUCCAUUCCAGAGUGCUCUGUCUGCGGCAAACCGCUUUCCCUCACCCCCUCAUUGUCAAGAAGAGGGACAUCACUUAUGCUGUGUUUUUAGUGAUGGUUUGGCUCAUCAUCUUUUACACCUACUUCAGGAUUCUGUUCAUGGCUAAAGCAGCUAGUCAAGAUGCUAGGAAAGCCAGAAACACCAUCAUUCUUCAUGGGUUUCAGUUGGUGUUGUGUAUGACAACAUAUGUAGCUCCUUCUUUAUUAAGUGUUCUGCAGCAGUGGUUCCCUAAGAAUUACACAGACUCACUUUUUGCUUACUAUAUUAUUGUACAAAUCUUGCCAAGAUCCAUUAGUCCGAUCAUCUAUGGCGUACGAGACAAGACUUUCAGGAGGUAUCUGAAACGGCACCUGAUGUGUAAGAUGUAAGAAAGUUUGUGCAUCAAGUUACAAGAAAAUUGUCAUCACUUGACAUCGAUAGAACACUGUUGACCCUCUUUUAUCGUUCUUUUAGUGAAUCUAUUUUAUCAUUAAGUCUGGUGUAUUGGUUGAGCAACUGAACAACAAAAUGAAGCAUUUGUGCGUCGGUGAAGGUUCUCAGUCAUCCAGGUCAUAAUGUCCUUCAGUAGUUUGGUGUG